CUUUGAAAUGUUGUUGUCUCAUGUUGAAGAAGUGAACUGCCGCCUUCAGAAACCUCUCUCUUUAACUAUAAAAGAGCCAGUUAACAGGGGGCGUUUUGAGCUGGCUAACAUGUGAUUAGAGUUCGUACGUUGUUGUUGUUGUUGUCGUUAUUGUUGUUAAACUGAGACGUAAGCUCCUGCUGUUUGUGAAUGGCUGUAGCUAGCGCUUACUAGCACUAACUAACUAACUCACAGUGAUGUCCUCGUCGUGGACAGAGCGCCAGGGACAGGUGGGAGACCUCAGACACCAGAGAAAAGAAGACCUCCAAGAACUGCUCCUGCGACAGGAGAAGAUACUCUCUAACCAGAGGUUAGUACAGACUCUUCCUGACAAAGGGAAGAAGAUCAAAGAAUUUGCAGAGAAAGUGCGCCUUGCCAUUGAACACCACGAUGAAGAGGAGAGGAGACAGAGCUCGGUCUUUGCUGCCAGGAAAGAGUUUCAGUCCAAGUACCAGCAGGCUUUCACUACCCAUCAACGUGCUAUCCCCAACAUACCAGCAGCCUCCCACCGAAACAGGCAACGUGAGGCUGCUGCAGGUGAUGCGAUGCAGGAGACCUCACCUGCCUCAUCUGAUGUGCAGGAAAACAACUCUUUGGAUGAGCCACAGGACCAGUUUUUGUCCAGAGCAGCUGCUGGUGAAACCAUGGAGACGACUGCUGCUGGGUCCUCUCUGAACUCUGAUGAGACAAAAGAGGGAGACCUUGUGGAGGCCUUGGAAAGGGUCAGACUGUCUGAAACUAGUACUGGUUUCAGUAGCGAGUCCAAAGACCCAUUAAACAGCACAGCAAGAGACAAUUACUUUCUCAGACAGCAGAUACCAAAAAAGCCUCACUAUGUAACUGUCCUGGAAAGAACAGAGAAUACUUCAACUCCCAGGAAGCAAAAAUUCAAACCAAAUCAGCUGCCCCACAGAAGUGACAUCUCUCCCUCAGGAUCCUCAUCACCAAGUCAGUCCUCUGAAGGCUCAUCACCGCUCUCUGCACAGGCCAAGAAGGAGCGGGACAGAAAACACCUGGAUGACAUCACUGCUGCAAGACAGCCUCCUCUCCAUUACAGUCCAGCCCAGCUUCUGUCUCUGGAUGAGUCGGCUGUCCUCCUGAAGGAACAAGUCAAGAAGCAACUCGAGUUGCAGGCCAAGCUGGCAGCCCAGAAACUGUCUGAGGGACUGAAGAUCUCUAUGGGGAGCUACACUCCUGAUGGUGGCCCCAUGGCUGCCUACAGAGAGGUUCAUGAUGAAGGAGCCCAGCUCUCCUCAGAGGAAGACUGAUCCUGGAAGGCCAGAGCUGGGGAAACCAGUGUGACCUUGGCCCUGAGGGAAACAGGCUUUGGACCUUGCAAUCAGGACCCAUCAAACAGGAUUUUCCCUCCAAGGACAAGGAUUCUUAAGAGAGGAAAAGGGUCUUUGCACGGUGUGAAGGCAGUGUUGGUAUCCCAGACUCAGCUCAGGAAAUUGAAUGGCAGGUUGAGAAACUAGCUUACUUAGUUCUCAUUCAGUCUGUAUUGGCCUCAGUUGUUUCAGUGUCCUGCAGGAAUAAUAAUACUUGCUGUUGAAUAGGAGUUUUUAUAUUCUAAAUUUUAAGCAAAUGUUUCUUGUCAGUAUACUGAAACUGAUGAUGUCAUGGCUUUUUGAGCCUGAGGGUGUUGUAUGAUGAUUUUUUUAUUUUAGUGUGUUAAAAAUGAUAUGCACUUAAACCUCAACAGCAGGUGUAGCAGACUGUUUUGGCACAAUGGUAACUGUUCACAGUUUUGUCCAGAAAAUAAACAUGAGCUUGCAGAUGUGUCAGAUUUAAUUAUUACAAAAUGUGUAACAGAAUUUAAUAAAAACAUCUGAUUUCCCAAAUAUUUGUGUUUGUUUCAAGGUGACAAUCCAAAUCCUUUUUUUUUCUUCUUUAUUACCGAUAAUGCGAAGUACCUCCAUCAGCUUUUUUCAGUAUGGAUGAAAAUUGAUCUAUUGAAAGUAUAAUUUCUCUUCACUAAUAUGAAACUGCUCACUCAUGUGAGCAUCAGGAAAGUUAUUGUUUUUAACUUAUUUGACAAUCCAGUUUCUUCAGCAAAGCAAGCCUCAGGUCUGUCAGCAGUUACCAGUGUGCUGGUGUUUCUAGUGGUCUGUGGACAUGUAUUAUUAAGAAAAGCAGGAGAGGCGAGUAGGAGGCCUGAACUGAACUCUUAGUCUGUCCACAAGUAUGAAUUAUACAGUAUGGAAUAUAUUGUAUGUAUAAAAAUCGCUCUUAAAAUCUCUGAA